GUUUGACUUAGUGCCUGAGCGGUGCCUUAGGCUUAGCGUACACAGGAAAUGCGGUUGACGCCCUCUGUGUGCUCCUAUGAUGAUGACGAGGGGUAUGAGGCUACCACUGUUAGUGUGCUUUGCCCUAGCCUGCAUAACGACCGCGCAACCAUGGAACGACGACGCCCCGGGCACUCGACUGGCGCGGUCGACAUUGGAGUUUCGCGAUGCCCUGGCGGAUCCCACUGUAGUUCAAGUCCUGCUUAACACCAGCAUGGUAAUAAAUGAAACGGCCUGGGGCUCGCAAACGGUAAACGUCACACGCAACUUGACUAUUCGUGCAACCAGCUCCCUGCUCGCGGAGAACCGAUACGCGGUCAUCGACUAUGGAACCUCGGUCAUGCUGUUCUCCCUGGGUUCCGGAUGCGUCAUGACAUGGAUAGGAAUCGACAGCUAUAGUAGGCAGGCAGUACUGGGCUCCACGUUCCGGCCGCUGCGCCAGUCACCGGGGUCUACCUUGGUGUUCACCAAGUGUCUCAUCCACCGAUACGUGGGCCUGACUCCCGAUGCCGCGAUAGCGAACUCAAAAGCCCUGCCGCGGCCUCCAGGCUACCCCGGUUCCCAAGUCAUGGUCCCCUAUGAAAACUUCACCUACCUCACAACCGACUACGGCCCGCCGCGCUUCCUGCCGCGCGUCGGAGCCUUAUACGACUACGUGGCGUUCGACCCCCCGGACAACUCGCUGGCGGCCCAGGGGCUGUUCUUCGGCGGCAACGUCGCGGUGGUGAACGGCCCCUCCUUUUACGUCACCGACCACACGCUCAGCGAGACGUGCCUCGCAACACAUUCCGGCAAUGAUUGCAUAGCCCUGACCCUUGCCUCCAUCGAGGCGGAGAUGCUGAAGCAGCAGGCGCAACAGCAACAACAAGCUGCGAGCAGCAGAAACAGCAGCGCCGAUGACACCACCACCACGAUCGUGGUCGCUGUGGUGGUGCCGAUGGGCUCUGUGCUCCUGGCGGCUCUGGUGGGGUCCAUUUGGUGGGUGCGCCGCAACAGGCGGCGGGAGCUGGAGCAGCAACAACCACAGCAGCGCGCCAAAGCCGGCGGGGGCAACGCAGCAAACGCGGAGGCUGGGGGCGCACAGGAGAAGGCGGCGGGGGCUGCUGCUGGCGGCGGUGUGCGGCUGGGCGUGCUGAGGGGCGGUGUGCGCAACGGCGACGAUGGUGUCUUCUUGGGAGUGGAUGGCGAGAAGGACCUGCCGCAGUGGUCGGAGGCGGCACACUUCGAAGGGGAUGACCCAGUAGACCUGGAGCCGCCGGCGGCGCCUGCAAAUGAGCUGGCAGUCAAGUGCGAGCAGCGGCACGCGGACAGCGUCACCAUAGGCGGGGCCGUGGAAGCCGCCGGCUGCAGCACCGCCAGCAUCUCUCUGCGGCUGUCGCCGACAGACUGCUUGCAGCAGCAGGCCAAGGAGGCGGCGGGGCCCCCCGGCGGCGGCCAGCAGCUGCUGCCCGGCGGCCCACCGCGAGCCGCUGCAGCCGCGGUGGGCGGCGGCGGCGUGGGCCAGCAGCAACGGCACGAGCAGCAGCCGUCGGAUACGCAGCAGGGUGGGAAGCAGCAGCAAGGCGCGCCCGCAUCGGGCCGUGCCGCGGGAGACGACGGCUGCAGCAACAGCGCGCAUGAUGGUGGCCGCAGCUCGCAGCGUGCUGUGUCGCGUGUCUCUGCCGCAGCUCACAUGAGGCCGGCGGCGCUCCUGGCAGCAGCCACCUUGGAGGGCGGCGCUGACGCGCCCGCGGGGGCGUCGGCGGGACCGACGGACGGCGGCCAGGCCGCUGGCGACCAGGCAGCAGACAAGCCCCAAACGGAGAAUUCGCCCUCUGAGGGCUCAGAUGAUGUUAAUAACGUGGACAUCAAAGUCCCGGACCGCAUUCCGUCUCCAGAGGAGGUGGCGGCGGAGCUGCGCACCCUGGUGAAGGCGCUUCGCGACAACGUCAGCCACGUGGCCAUUGUGCUGGAGGGCGUGCUGGGGCACGGCUCGUUCGGCACCGUGUACACGGGCACGUGGCAGGGGCUGCCGGUGGCGGUCAAGACGGUGGUGUUCAGUGCCUCCCAGCAGAGCCGCAGGCACGCACUCAAGGAGGCCGCGCUGUGCCAAAGCAUUAUUCAUCCGAACGUCAUUGCCACCUACGGGAGUGAGCUACAACCCAUAGAGGUGCUGCCGCCCGGCUCCAUCAAGGCAGCGCCGCCCGCCGACACGCCCGUGGGGGUGGUCGACACUCCGCCGCAGCGGCCGGCACGCGAACAUGCGCCCAGCGUCAACAUCAAGGACUGGCGGCUGUACAUCAUCCAAGAGCUGGCGGACGGCGGGCCGCUGGGGAACCUGUACGGACACCCCGCACUGUGGCUCUCGCCCGGCGUCGUGAACCUGGCCGCGGUGGUGCCCCUGGCCCUGGGCAUCGCCCGCGCCCUGGCGCACCUGCACUCCAAGCGCAUCGUGCACGGCGACCUCAACCCCAACAACGUGCUGCUGAAGCGCGACCCCGCGGAGCCGUCGGGGUAUGUGGCCAAGGUCGGAGACUUCGGCCUCAGUGUGAUGCUGCCCCACAACCGCACCCACCUCAGCAACAUCCGCAUGGGAACCAUGUUCUACAUCUGCCCGGCCGUGGCGUGCAAGGGCCGGCUGGGUCCCGCCGCGGACGUGUUCUCUCUGGGCGUCAUCCUGUGGGAGCUGUACCACGGCCGGCGUGCGGGAGUACGGACCCAGGAGGGACCCCGCUAUUGUGCCAACUUCCCAGCCUUCCCGCCCACCUGCCCCAAGGCCUACAAGUUCAUCACCCUGCAUUGCCUGCAGCGUCAGUUUCAGAACCGGCCGGAUGCGACGGCGGUGGUUGGCGCGCUGGAGCAGCUGCUCGCGGACAUCAACGCCGCGCAGUCCGCGUGGCUGGCCUCCGCGGCUACAGGCGUGGCCGGCGGUGAAAUGCCGGCGCCCCCAACUACUGCUGAAGGGAACUGAGGCGCUGGCACGCACGCGCUCGUGUCCAUGCAUGCGGCUAAGCCCUCGAUCGGGUAGCCAAACAUUUGGUGGUGCUUUCGCAUUACUGCGUGUGCGUACCAGUGCUGCAUUUAGCAAAUCUUACAUAGCUUUGUCAUACAGAAGCUGGUCCCUAGCACGUACGCAGCGGUAGGAUGCGACGUGAUACUAGUUUUUGCAUCGAAUAUUGAGUAUUGAACGGUGCCCAGGCAGGAAAUUAUUGAGAAGACUGGUCAUUCUGCCCUCUUGAAUUGUCGGGAUGUGUACGUUUCUGGCGCACAUUCCUCAGCCACGAUACCACUAGGCCAUGUCCUGUGUAUGUGCGCAUGAUUGCAGCUAUCCAGGAGCACUGCCUAUUGCAGCUAUCCACUACUGUUCACUGAAAUCGACGCCAUACUGAUGCAACCUUCAAUCGAGCACAGAGCGCUUUGUUUUGUUUUGUUUGACCUGGUUUGACCAUCACCUGCUGGUUACACGCACAUGUAUAUGUGCGUAAGGCGCUGAUCAUGCACUUGCAGCACUGAACGAUGAUCUUAAUACCUUUGCUACGACGAAUACCUGGAGCAGGGGAGGUGUGCGCAAAGGGCGAUCGAUGGCGUGCCUGCGUGGGUUGCGGGCAAUUCUUGUUGUUGUUGGCAAUGCGCAUCUGCUGCUGUUGUUUGCCCCAUAGUCCGUCGAUGGACGUACGUAGCCAGGCGGGGCGUGCGGCACCCUACCCAGAGGCGAGUGUGGUAGGUGACGCAGGGUGCGUGCCUGUGAGGCCUGUGAGCCUGUGAGGCCUUGUAGCUGUAACAUUACAGGAAC